AUUUCAACCCAAUCCCAUUCGUCACCGUCACCUUCUCUUAUAGCCCUUACGUUCUAGAGCCAAUGAUAAGGCUCACGUAGCGAAGAAGCCAUGAGUUGCAUCACUAUGGGCUACGGCACCAACGAAGUCAUUAGUUCGGCUCCGUAUCCGCCACGCCCGAGCGAGUUCUAUAUUAAUAUGAUUCCUCUUAUAUACGAACAUACAGCUCUGACUUAACCUUGUUUACGUCUGUGAAUCACAAGAAAUUGUGAGCUCUGAGUUUUCGUGAUAGAGGCAUUUCGAACCGAUACAGCUGCCUGAAUCCCCUCUUUUCGGGAUAGUUCAUUCGCGGGGCGACGAAAAGCUAUUACUUUUUUCGGGGAAGCUAUUUGACACUUCAUAAGGAAGUAAAUUCGGAAAUAUUUUAAUCACUUCUAGCUGCGUUUCUUUCUUAUCAUUCUCGCGAUAUCUAUUCCCGCUAUGGUUCUAGAAUCAAGAUGGACGGUACCAAUACCGAAUUGCUCCCUGCCAAAAUGGGUAUUUGGGUCCUCCUUCGACUCACUUCCAGAUAAUCCCCAAUUCAUUGAUGUUGACCGCCCGGAAACGCAUUUCAUCACCCAAUCUGAUUUUCGGCUGUGGUCGAAGCGGCUGGCCUUAGGAUUGAUGCGAGCAGGUUUGAAACCUGGCGAUCGCGUACUCCUCUUCUCUGGCAACUCGCUCUUCACACCCGUAGUUUUCAUGGGUAUUCUGAUGGCAGGGGGAAUUUUCACAGGCGCUAACCCUAGCUUUGUCGCUCGGGAACUUGCUUACCAGCUGAAAGAUAGCGGCGCUUCGUUUCUAAUUGCAGCCGACGCUAGCAUGGAGAUCGCGAUAGAAGCCGCUGACAAGGCUGGUCUUCCGAGGAGUCGAAUAUAUAGCUUUGACAUAAGCGCUCUUGAUAAGCAACCGGCUAAGGCACGACUCGGGACUCAACAUUGGACUUCUCUCCUCGCCCCUAAGAACGAUGCAGUCAGGUUUGACUGGGCUGAACCCGCCGAUGCGAGAACGACAGUAUGUGCUCUUAAUUACAGCUCAGGGACGACAGGUGUGCCGAAAGGCGUCGAAAUCACACAUUAUUCCUAUGUGGCGAACGGCCUCGGGGUUAACUACAUGGAGCGACUAGAUCCUGAAUAUGAUGAAAAGAAGAAACGAUACCGCCGUUUAGGCUUUUUACCGAUGUAUCAUGCAUACGGCCAGACCUUCUUUGUCUGCAACUAUCCGAAAGAAGGCGUUCCAGUAUACAUUAUGUCUUCGUUCAACUUUGAAAAGAUGCUGCAGUGUAUUGAAAAGUUUCGUAUUGACGCUCUCAUCGCCGUGCCACCUGUCGUGGUUCUACUUGCCAAAAGUCCACUUAGCCGCAAGUAUGAUCUCAGCAGCCUCGAGAGUAUAGGCUCUGGUGCCGCACCGCUAGGAGCCGAAGUCAGUGAUGAGGUCGCUAAGCUUUGGCCAGACGGUGCUUUGAAUCUUCGUCAGGGAUGGGGAAUGACAGAAUUAACAUGUACGAGUACAAGUUGGCACCCUAAAACGGCCGGUAAAUCCGCAGCCGUCGGCGAAUUAUUGCCAAAUUGCAAAGCGCGUAUCAUGAGAAUCGACGGCUCGGGCGAGAUCACCAAAGCCAAUGAGAGGGGCGAGGUAUGGAUUACUGGGCCUACGCUCUUGAAGGGCUACUGGAGAAAGCCGGAAGCUACCGCGGCCACCCUCCAUGUCGAUCCAGAUGGCACCCGUUGGCUGAAAACAGGCGAUGUUGGGUUUGUGGAGAAGUACGAGCCGGGUGGAUUGUUCCACAUCGUUGACCGCAUCAAGGAGCUCAUCAAAGUGAAGGGUAACCAAGUAGCGCCGGCCGAACUUGAGGACGUAUUACUCGAAAAUAAGGGUGUCCGCGACGUCGCUGUCGUGGGCGUUACGAUUAACGGCGAGGAAGUGCCACGUGCGUACAUUGUGCCAGACCCCGAGGUAAAGCAGACGGAGCAGGAAAUUGCCAAGUGGAUGGAAUCGAAGGUUGUCAACUACAAGCGGUUACGAGGUGGUGUGAAGUUUGUCGAGGCCAUUCCUAAGAAUCCGUCCGGCAAGAUCCUUCGCAAAAUACUGAGAGACCAGGCAGCGGACGAAGUUGGUGAUAGCAAACCAGGAAUGGCGAAAUUAGCCUAGAGUUGAACUUGGACAAUACCUAGCUAAGAUAUUAAAUUGCUUUCUCUUGAAGAUGCAUGUAGGGAUAUAAAGAGAAUUCAAUGGUAUAUAUACAUUCCUCUGGGCUUAACAGAUUCACGAUAUCUAAGAAACUCAUGAGGGAUAUUAGAGGCUGCUUCUCCCAGCGCUGGUGUGGGGGCGUAUUCCACCAGUACACGUACCUUGUUUUUAUAUAAAUUUAAUUCAACGUUUAGAAUUUCAACCGCUGCACUAGUAAUCAAGUAAC